UCUCUCUCACUCGCUCACCCUCCUCCUGGACAGGCCUGGAGAAAGUGUAACACGCCCCGAAAGAAAUUAUCGUUCCUUGUCCACCACCCAGUCCAGCAGGAUUGGCAGAAGAGUGGCGUAAGAAUAGAAUGGAUUUAUUGAUGCUAAGUCUGAUCGUGAUAAGUAUUUUGGCUGGGCUCAUGUUGGGCCUGUACUGGCUCGUGUUGAAGGAAUAUUGUCUCACCAAAACGCUCGAAAGUGCAGAAGACGUUGAAACGGAUGAGGAAAUACUUUCGUAAUUUUUGAGAGGUGUGGUUCAGUGGUGGUGGAGGACGAAGUAAGUGACGUGGUGAUAAGUGGUUACCAAUAACUAACACUACUAACAGGAGUACGGGAACGUUGUGUGUAUUAAAGACUAAAAAUCCAAGAUAGGUGUAUGUACAUAGGCAACUCUGAAUACGUCAUCCACCUGACAUAAUCAUGUUGACAAGCUAAAACUCAAUUUAACUAAUCUUGCUCUACUGAAAAAAACGACUCCAACUCGGUACGGACCACACCCAGAGCAUAGUUUGGUGGCCAAAUCACCCCCUGAAACUAAAUCAGGCUUGACACACCCUCUGCUUUUACGAAAUGUCAGACGCGUACCUCUCAUCGACUGGAAGGGAGACCAUGACCCACAUGAACAACAAUAAACUGGUCCGCGGACCCAUUUCUGCCCCCAACACGCCGGAAUCCCUUCGUCGCGGCAUGCGGGACAAGAAGGACAAGAUGGAGUACAAUCAGAUGAUGAUGCGCUCCCUGACUGAGCAGGGGAGCACGCGCCCCCUCUCGUACCACGGGCGGUCGGGGUCACUCUGCAUCAUGGAUGGUCACCAGUACCCACCCCCACACCCACCCAUCGUCAACAAGCGGCAUAUCGUGUCAUCCGGGGCGAGAAGCAAGAAUAAGGAGUCGCUCCUUCUCAAUCGGAGAUCAAUGCCGAUCCCGUACCAAAGUGGGGAGAACAAUAGGUUGUUGUUGGGUCGGGAAAAAAUCCAAGACGUGCUAGAAUUGGACACUAAAUUACCUCGCAUUGAUCUCGAAAAGAUUGAGACUCACUUACGGCAGGCCCGUGAGGAGGAACGCAAGUAUCGCUCCGACCGGGACGAGAUACGGAGAAGGCUUGCACUUGAGGGAGACUGGGGCUGUGGUGGUUGUGGGGAUGAUAAGCCUCUGAGAAAACAUAACCUUCAAUCCAGACUACAGACGAGUAUGAAUUUGCAAGUGUGCUUCAUGAAUGAGACUACGUCAGAUAACGAAUCACCAAAUUCGGAUGAUUCCGAAGGGAGAUCGCAACAACAGCAGCAGCAGCAACCACAGAACCAAAGCCUUCCCAGUCUUAACAAGAAACCUGGAAGUUCUUCCGGAGGAGAGCAAAACUUUAUUGAGAAACAUGACAAACUUCAAGCCGAAGUUCGCCACGCAUUGGCACAAGCGAAAGACGUGGCAAGACUGCAACUGACCCAGGAACGAGAAGGUCGUGCUCACUCUCCAAUCACGGAAAUGGUACGAAACACACUGGAAAAAAUAGGGGUGGGAUUACCUCCCGAUCGGAGACGAAGGAUGAGUCGCCAAUUAUUAACGGAAAUCAAUGUGACCCAGCUUCAAGUUAUUGUUAACGAUUUACAUUCACAUAUCGAGAAGCUAAACGAAAGCCUCGUCUCAAUGUUGCUGGAGAGAGAUGAUCUCCACAUGGAGCAAGACUCGAUGCUCGUAGAUAUUGAGGAUUUGACAAGAUACCUGUGAAGUCCUUGUCGCUAACCUUUUCACGACUUUUUUGCUGUGUUUUAACUCACUUCCUAUAAAAAACCAUCGCUUAUCCAUAAUUAAUUAAAUAAAAUUCAAACGAGCAGCAGCAGCAGCCUUUGAUGUUUUUAAUAUGCGAAAUAAGAAAUAAUAUGCUCGCGGAGGCCAAAAAAUUAAAAAUAUGACGACGACACACCUCAAAAAUCUUCCUCCUUACACGUUGUUGCCAUUGAUUGUUGUUGUAAUUGAUCAAUAUUAAUGUCGCUGGCUUAUGGCAUACAUAUGUAUUAUGCUGUUUGCAAAUAAAUGUGCAAAAUUCGUGUGGCAAAAAUUCAUAUGGAAUGAAAAUACAAUAAACAAAAGAAGAAUCUCGCAAAAAAUAAAAAAUGGAAUGGAUACAUAUACAGAUAAAAUAAAUUCAGAUUUUAAAAUUUGUAAUAUAUGUCAAAGUUAAUUGAAGAGAUCAAUUGUGGAAUAAAAUACAUACAAAUGGCUUAUUAUUAUGUAAGGAA